AUGGCUGAAUGGUAUGCUUCUUGGGAGGGAGUACUGACUCUCCACAAAGAUCAGUUUGUAAAUGAGAAGAAUUCCCGUCAGAAUCUCCUAAGACAGAUCCGCAAUGAAAUUGUCGCAAUUCAUCACACAAGACAGGAUUCCGAGGAUUUACCAAAGGGAUUGAAAAAGGCUAUCAGGAGGUACUACCUCCAGUUCUUAACGGACGCUGAUGAUCGACAUGCUGAGCAAGAGGUCUUGGGUGAGCCGGAGGAAGAACCAUCUGGCGUGUCCCCUGAGGACAGAGAAUUGGCGGCUCGUCCUAAGGACGCAGGGUUCUACAAGAAGGAGCUUAAUGCUUGGGACGUCGCGCAGAAACUCUUCAAGCAGGAGAUGGACGACUAUGAUAAGGAGCAGCAACAGAAGAAAGGCGUGCAACAUUCUAUUAAGUAUAGGACUGGACAUGCGAGGGAGUGGUUCAACAACAUGACUUCUGCACAUCGGAAGGAGGUUGAGGAGGCGAGGGACAAAUGGAAUAGGGAAGGUGCCCCAGUAUCGAAAGAAAAGCCUCAAAAAGUUCUCGACGAUUUUACAGAACAGAUGCGGCGUUCUAUGGGUUGCCGAGUCGUGAUGUUAGUCAGUCACAAGAAAAAUGCCGAUCAGACAUUAAGUGUCAAGAUUCAUGAGUCUCAGCCUGUCAAUCACAAGAAACCGUUUAGCCUGAGUUCUCGAGGAAGCAAAGAGUGGACAUCCGAAGGGUUUGAAAAAUAUGCCGAGUGGUCGAAGGAAGAAUUUUACCCCACCAAUGAUGAUGAUGACUCCUCCGAUGAAGACAGUAAAGAUGGAAAAGAUGCGAUACCUGAAGUCAUCUUGGACGAGCACGGGUUUGCAAAGCUCCCUUCCCGUAAAGGAGUGAGCCUCAGGGGGCAACAAGAGUUGGUUCGGCAAAUUUUUCAUGCAUCUUACAAAGUCUUCACUGGUAGCAAAAAGCCAGUACCUUGGCUCUCGAUUGCCGGCAACCUUUUGGUGUACCUGGAUCCAGACUCCAUCCCUGAUGGUUUCGUCGUGCAAGAUCCGUCUCAUUUGAAGGCGCAGGAAAUAAACCAUCUUUGGGGCCAUUGGGAAGACAGGAAGGCCUCGAAACAGAAACUGGUUAUUUUUGUCGGGGCCGUGAGUUCCCACAUGAACAAGUCCCUGCUCGUCAAUGCUGUCUAUGUAGGCGAGAAAAAAUCAAAAAAGAAGUAUGUACCGGUCGACACUGAUGAUGAAGAGGAGGCUUCAGCGGCGCCUACGUCCACGAAACGUACAAGACAGCUGGCCGAGGCUAAGGCUUCCUCCAAGCCCAAGGCCAGCACAAGGCCCACCAAGAAUUCAAGACCGCAGACCCAGGACAGCUCCGAGGAUAGCUCUGAUGAUAAUCUCACUCCAUCGACAGGGCUGGUUAAGCGACCAUCAGUUGGUCAAGAAGUCGUGCGCACACCAGCCACUGUGCCAAAGAAGGAUCGGAUGUCAUUCUUACGGUCUCUCAGCAGCCACGACGAAUAUCUACUUUUGAUUUCACGUCUCGGUGACUUGAAAAAGGAACGAAGCUCUGAGGCAAUGGAAUGGCCCGCUUGGGCGACAUGGAGUUGGGACAGAUCACACCUUCCGAAUAGUGUGCACUCAGACGAGCGUGAGUUGAACAAGUUCUUGGAGAUAGUCCUCUCUGCAAAGAUCUCUGGCUUGGAAUCAGCCAUGAAGGUCAGCCUAGGUCUUGGGAUGCUGCUAAGAGAAUGCAAGCGAGUUAUCGAAUAUGAGGAGGACGAAGCUACCCUGAACACCCCCUCUUACCUUGGCACCUCUAUUUUGAGUAUCAAGACCCACGACCUCGUCAUAGAGGCAAUCAAUACAGCCAGAGGUGGGGUUAUGCGGAUGCUCAAGGCGAAGGAAGGACAACAUGCUGCCAUUGCUGAGGCUGCUGGUGGUGAAGAACACGGAGCUGAUACUGCCAUUCGGACGAUUUCAACCAGGGAAGAGAAAGAGGAUGAGGGGACGGAAAUGGAGGCAGAUGAGUUGACAAGGAAGGUUGACAAGGAGUCGCGGGAGGUGGAGGAAGAGAAGAAGAAAAUGGUGAUGCUGCAGGAGGACAUGAGAAAGCUGGAGGAGAGAAAGCGAGAGCUGGAGGAGUACAACCAGAAGCUGUUGAAACUGGUGGAGAUCGAAAUGGACAGCGGUGGUAAGGAUGAUAUGGAAGAUAAGGAACAGCGUGGUGAGGAGGAGGAGGAGGAGGAGGAGGAGGAGGAGGAGGAGGAGGUCGUCGUCGUCGUCGUGCAGAAAGGGAAGAAAAGAGGAAAAUCUGGGGGAUCUGGAAGACCAUCCAAAAAGGCUACCACUGACAAUAUUCGUCGAUCCAGCAGACCCAGGCAACCCUCAAAAAAGGCCAUGCGAAAGUGA